UGCUGAAGAGCGGAGCCUCCGCCGGGGGGACCCCUAUCCCUGCCUGUCCCCCCAACUGCGCGUCCCCACCCCACCCCCGCGGCCGAGCCACCGCUGGUGUGGCGGUCUCUGCUCGGCAGAAGAGCCUUGAACGGGGGGGGCCUAGGAUCUGUGCAUCCUACGCCGCGCCGCCAGCACCCCGCAACGUGUGGCCCUGCGCCCCGGAAUUUGCAGCAGCUGCAUAUCUAAGGGGGGGUCUCCCUCGCCCCCGCUGCCUUUGCUCCCCGCGUGUUCUGGUGCGUGAGGGGGCUUCAGUGCGCCGCCCGCCAGCUUCUCCGUAGCCCCCCGCCCCGCGCGGGACUCGCCCCCCGCCGUCAAGAUGGUCAUCCAGAAAGAGAAGAAGAGCUGCGGGCAGGUGGUUGAGGAGUGGAAGGAGUUCGUGUGGAAUCCGAGGACGCACCAGUUCAUGGGCCGCACUGGGACCAGCUGGGCCUUUAUCCUCCUCUUCUACCUCGUCUUCUAUGGCUUCCUCACCGCCAUGUUCACCCUCACCAUGUGGGUGAUGCUGCAGACAGUCUCUGACCAUACCCCCAAGUACCAGGACCGACUGGCCACACCGGGCUUGAUGAUUCGCCCUAAGACUGAAAACCUUGAUGUCAUUGUCAAUGUCAGUGACACUGAAAGCUGGGACCAGCAUGUUCAGAAGCUCAACAAGUUCUUAGAGCCUUACAACGACUCCAUCCAAGCCCAAAAGAAUGAUGUCUGCCGGCCUGGGCGCUAUUACGAACAACCAGAUAAUGGAGUUCUCAACUACCCAAAACGUGCCUGCCAGUUCAACCGGACCCAGCUGGGCGACUGCUCUGGCAUCGGGGACCCCACCCACUAUGGUUAUAGCACUGGACAGCCCUGUGUCUUCAUCAAGAUGAACCGGGUCAUCAACUUCUAUGCAGGAGCAAACCAGAGCAUGAAUGUUACCUGUGUGGGGAAGCGCGAUGAAGAUGCUGAGAAUCUCGGCAACUUCGUCAUGUUCCCUGCGAACGGCAACAUCGACCUCAUGUACUUCCCCUACUACGGCAAGAAGUUCCACGUGAACUACACGCAGCCCCUGGUGGCCGUCAAGUUCCUGAAUGUGACCCCCAACGUGGAGGUGAACGUGGAGUGCCGCAUCAACGCCGCCAACAUCGCCACGGACGACGAGCGCGACAAGUUUGCUGGGCGCGUGGCCUUCAAGCUCCGCAUCAACAAAACCUGAGGCCCCUUCCUCCCGCCCCCACCUCUUUCCUACGGAUGCUUCUGGAACAUCCCUGACCCUGCCUGAUCCCUCCCUCACCCACCCGGAAGGUAUUUUUUAUAACAGCUAUGGCUUGUCU